GGAGCGAGACCGAGCGCGAGGGCGCGCGGCGGCGCGCGAGGAAGGAUGCUGCUGCCGGUGAAAAGACGCGCGAGCGGAGUUAUGGCUACGGUGGUGAGCAGGCUGCAGUGGGUGCAGUGGGUGCACUGGGGGUGUACGGCGGUGCUGGUGGGGCGUUGUCCAAUCAGGCGCAGGCAACGCAUGCGGCGAAUUACUCGUCGUACCCGCCGGAUGUGCCCGCGGAUUAUGGCGUCGGGAAACCGCCGCAGGGGGUGGCAUACAACCUUAGCUAUCCGCCGCCCGAGAACAGCUACGGACAUGUACCCUCUCCGCCGCCGCCCCAGCCUGGGACCUACAGUGUCACUUCGAUUGCUGCGCUCCCGCCGCCACAGCCGGGGGUGUAUACGACCAUUGCCGCCCCGCCGCCGCCGCAAACGGCCUCUUUCCCGAUGUCUGGCCAGGGAAGACCGGCGUUGCAGUCUACCGUCCCAACUGUUUUCCAGUAUCAGACGGGGGGUCCGACGGCGAUCGUUCCGUACGGCGGCGAUAUGCCGCCAAACUUGGAUCCGAACAAUCUGACCGGGCCGUUGCCGGGUGAGGGGGCCGGGAAGGUCUAUCCUCCCGGACAGGCACCACCACAGUUUGAGAAUCCCGACUAUUACCACCAUGUGCUCUCCGACUCCACUACAACGCAGUCGUUGACACAAUCUAUAUCGGCAUCGACCGGGAUGGGUGCGAAUGCUAGUUACACCGAGGGCAAUGGCAAGCCAAACGGAAGCGGCUUCUCCGGCAAGCUGGGAAAGCUCGGGAUUCCUUCGUUGUCGAAGCUUUCUCUGUCGCCGGGCGGCGGUAGCAACGGCCAUAGUGCACACGCAGCGGGAACUCUGCCACCACCCUCACCCGCCUUGCUGCCCUAUCACGGAACAUACCAGUCCAUCUCGCCCAUGCCGUCGCCUGUCUUCGCCGCCCAGCCUAACUCGCUGAUCUCCGCCUCGGGAUCCAUCGGUAUAGGAAAGCACCAGGCAUCCGGCUCCUUCUCCAUUGGCCCACCGGCAUUCGCUAAGCCAUCACUGAGCUUCCACGGCCGACCCAGCUACGAAGGUGAAGGCCACAGCCAAUCCAACAACCAGCCCAACACGCCCUCAAACAGCAGACCCGUAAUGAUAGCCUCCCCCUAUGUCGCCCCCUCCCGCGCCAGCUCCCCAUCUCCCGAGCGCACAUACAACCCCGCCUCAGACGCGAAAGCAAUCCUCGACGAGCUCCGACACACAUUCACGCGACCCUCGCCGCAGCCACUAAUAGAAAUCCUGCCGACUCUGACGCCGCAGCAGCUCAAAUCGCUGCGCAAAGAAUACAAGACGCUCUACCGGGGCGUAAACCUAGCCAAGCACAUAAAAUCCGUUUUCACGACGUCCACGCCCUUCGGCAAAAUCAUCUUCGCCGUAGCCCUGGGGCCCUACGAGAGCGAAGCGUGGUUUUCGAACGGCUGGUACCAGAAAAAGGAGACGCGCAACGAGCUGCUGAUCGAAGCGCUAAUGGGCAAAUCCAACGCCGAGACGGAAGCGAUCAAGGCAUGCUUCAAGGACGCCAAAUACGACUCGUCGCUCGAGAAAGCAGUCGCCGAGGAGCUGCCCGCCAACAAGUUCCGCGUCGCGGUGAUGGCGCAGCUCUCCUGCGGCCGCAUGGACGAGUCCGCGCCGUUCGUAGAAGCGGGCGUCCAUGAGGACGUUAAAAGACUUGGCACGAUCCUGGAGCGCACUAAUGGCGCCGCGGGUGGUGAAACCGAAAUGGUCGGGAUUAUUGUUAACCGCUCCGAUCGAUGGCUCCUCGCCGUCGCCCAGCUGUAUAGACAGGUCUAUCAGCGCGACUUGGCGAAGGCUGUCAUGAAGCACUCCAAGAACCUUGUGGGCGAAACACUCCUCCACAUUCUCUCAGGCGUCACAGACCGGCCUUUGCGCGACGCGAAGCUUUUGCAGCAAGCGCUGGUAGCGGUAGUGGAGCAGAGCCGCGAGGACCUGCUGAUCUCGCGCGCCACAAGGAUCCAUUGGGACCCGAGACACCUAAGAAGGGUCAAGAAGGUCUUCAAGAAGAAGUAUGGCGUGUCUGUCGGUGCGAAGGUCGUCGAGGUCGCCAAAGGGAGCUUUAGGGAGUUUUUGCUGAGGAUGUUGAGGGAGGAUUAG